CAGAGCGUCGAGGGUGGGACCAUCAACCUCAGCAUUCACACGUAGGAGAGGGCGAGGACACCUUUGUAUAGGACGAAUCCAGACUACAGCUAUAGUGAGCAUCGACCAUCCAAUACUACCACAACGGAACUAAAAGAAUCGAAGCUCUGUCAGAUUAUAGACCGACUUUCAAAGUGUUUCUGGAAAAUAUACAGGAUAUAUUUCUAGCAGGAUAUACAUUAUACUUCGAGCCAUGAUGAAUGCAGUAGCAGAUGAUGAAUUCGAAUCAGUCCUGUGGAUCGCCCGGGAGUGCUACGUCUAUCGAUUACCACCACGGACUUCCUCCGCCGGCUACAAGGCCGCAGAAUGGGGCGACAUGGAAGCCUUUCUUUGGAAAGGAAGGCUACGAAUCCUCGAGAGAGGGAGCGAGAAUGACCCGACCAACUCGACUAAAUGCUUCAUUCGGCUGGAAGAUGCGGACACUGGUGAACUGUUUGCAAACUGUCCCUACACCCUUGAUGGGAAAUCCGUCGAACCUGUCCUUGAUUCAUCACGUUAUUACGUGAUCAGGGUCGAAGAUGCCACAACUGGUCAACGAGCUUUCCUGGGCAUGGGGUUUCCCGAACGGUCCGACAGUUUUGAUUUCAAUGUGGCCCUUCAGGAUUGGACCAAGCGACAACGCAACACAACCAAACGGGAGGAAGUCGAUCAAGGGCCAUCGCCGCACAUCCCCAGCGGUCCAAAGCGGGAUUUCUCACUGAAGGAGGGCCAAACGAUCUCGAUCUCGUUUGGAGGCGGACACGGCAAUCGGUCUACCUCAUCAACAACCAAGAAGUCCACUGGAUCCGCUGCCUCUGACGCCCUUGUCCCUCCUCUUUUACCUCCUCCUCCACCACCUCCUCGAAAAUAACUCAAGUCAUCAAUCUCAAAUCUUAUCUCUUCUUUCUAGUUGCACAGAUUUUUUUUCUUCCUUUUCUUCGUGAGUCCUUUUUGCUGAGAUAACCCUCAUAUCAUCUUACAGCUGUCGAUAUAUUUCAUGUAUAGUGGCCUGCUUCUCCCUUUUGUUGAGUAGUGUGCUUUGUAAGAUCACCAUUUGUCUACCUAAAAAGCAUUAUCCUGUUUGUUUGAUUUUUUGAUCACACUUUUUAAUUGUAGGUAGUGGAAUUAUAAAGAUGGCUAAGAUACUCCACGGCUGCAAAAACA